ACAAAUUGUAUUCAAUGUAGUUUAAAACUGUUACAUUUGUCUCACGUACAUAUUCCAAUCAACUCAAAGGUAAAAGUGAUUAUUUUGAAUUGAAAAAAAUAUUUUAUAGAUAUUUAAAUUUCAACUAUAUGAUUUCAAUUUUAUUUCAAUCAACGCCACUGGUAACGUUUCAUCACCAAAGUUCAUUGUAUCAAAGUACAAACUCCAACGAAUCGUUGUAAACGUAUGCAACCAUUAUUACAACUGAGGACAUUACCAUUAUUGGGUUUCAUGUUGUUGAAUCCAGUUGAUAAAAGUGUGUAGAUUUGUUUGUAAUUGUAAAAAUGGCCAGUGCUGUUACAUCUUCUUUAAAUGUAAUUAAAAAUGUAACAGUUAUUGGAGGUGGUUUAAUGGGAUCAGGAAUUGCACAGAUAGCGGCACAAGUGGGUCAAUCAGUUACUCUUGUCGAUCUUAACGCAGAUGUCCUAAAAAAAUCUGAAGCGUCGAUUCAAUCAAGUCUCGCCCGAGUUGCCAAAAAACUUCAUAAAGAUAAUCCUUCUGCAAUUGAAACGUUCAUACAGGACACCUCAUCAAGAAUUAAAUAUUUACCAGAUGUUUCAAAAAGUUUAGAUGAUGCAGAUUUAGUAGUUGAAGCUAUUGUCGAAAAUAUUGAUGCCAAACAUAAAUUGUUUGCUAGUUUGGAUGAAGCGGCACCCCAAAAAACUUUAUUCGCUUCCAACACUAGCUCUUUAUCUAUUAAAGAAAUAGCCUCUGCUACAAAACGAAAAGACAGGUUUGGUGGCUUACACUUUUUUAAUCCAGUUGCUGUUAUGAAAUUAUUAGAAGUUAUCAGAAUACCGGAAACAAGUGAUACUACUUAUCAAAACCUUAUGGCAUGGGGGAAAUCAGUUGGAAAAACCUGUAUCACUUGUAAAGAUACUCCUGGGUUUGUAGUUAAUAGACUGUUGGUACCUUAUUUGGCUGAGGCUAUUAAGUUAGUAGAAAGAGGAGAUGCUUCACCGCAAGAUGUAGAUACAGCAAUGAAGCUGGGAGCGGGUUAUCCUAUGGGUCCUUUAGAACUCGCGGAUUAUACGGGGUUGGACACAACUUUAUUCAUCAUAGAAGGAUGGCAUAAACAAUUCCCUGAUAAUUCUCUUUUCACUCCUCCCGAAAAAUUGAAACACUUGGUGAAACAAGGCAAAUUGGGUCGUAAGACAGGAGAAGGGUUUUACAAAUAUAAUAAAUAGGAACUUUUUUAUUGAUUGCAUGUGUUUAAAUAUAUUUUUCUUUAAGAAAACAGUUUUAUUUGCUUUCUUUCCACAUUCCACCAAAUAAAUAUUUAGUAUUUA